GUUUUACCGUAAAAUGUAAUGGAUAAAAAAAACGGAUUUUUGUCUUAACAUAAUAUAUAUUUCACGAAAAAUAUUAUUUUAUUUUUCUUCCAUGAUGGACGAUGGCCAAACAAGAAUAGUAAAUCAUAAUAUUUUUUCUAGUAUUUCUGUUGGGCCCCAUCAAUCUACAUAUUAAACUAAUUAUUGAUUUUUUUAAGUGUAUUCAUCCCAUUUUACAAUACCUAGCUAAUAAUAUUGCAUAUGGCCGAUAUGCAUUAACAUACAUCUUAAAAUAUGACUCAGUGCCGGCGAAAGGCAUAUUUUUUUUGGAAUUUUAGAGGCGGUAUUGUUUAUAAAUAAAAAUAUAUGAAUUAGGUAUAUAAGGGUGGCAUAUUAUAGGUAAUUGGCACUGGACAGCGAAAAAUCUAGCGCCAACACUGAUUGACUUACUCGAUUGCAGAUUAAAAACAAAUCACUUUCUCGGCCGUCCUACAAACUUAUACAAUCUCAUGUGAUGGGAUUCCCUAACACACUUUUUGUUAACUCGAUCACUUUUUCAGGAUAUAAUUAAAGAGAUAAUUGUAAUUUGUAUUGCGCAUCAUAAUUAAUAUUGAAAAAGAUACAUAAAUCUUAUAAAUAUAUUACAAAUGCACUUGAUUACAGCUUAUUGUUAACAGCCACUGGUGCAUCUUUUGCAGAUAUAGAACACUGUCCAUUGUCAUAUUGACUUAAUUAUUUUGUUUUCGCUAGUUAUUAUACUAUACCGUUAAAUUAAUAUAUAAAUACCGCAAAAAUAUAAGUUGUUAAUAAAUACUCAAUUUAUUACAUUCGUUUUGUUAUCGUAGAACACUGAACACUAAUACUUAAAAUAAUAUGUAGUGUUUAUUAGCUUAUGCAGGUAGAUGCAUCGACUAUCAACAUUAUUUACGACUCACGUAACUAUAAUAUACAAACGAAUCUUCUAUUAAAUUAACGAUUUUAUUAGUCAUUAUUUUGUUAAUUAGUGAACGUAAAUUUGGCGUUAUGUCCUUCAUAAUAUAUAUAAAAAAAAAUGAAAUAUUAAUUUUUUGUACAGAUAAAUUUUAUUAACAUUUUUAACUAAAAAAAAAUAAACAAUAGGUAGGUACUUGAUUUGUUGUUAAGCCAAAAUAUAUUGAACAAAAAAGUUGCCAAAGUAACAUUUAGAACAAAUAAAAAAUAAAAAAAGACAAAAACGAGAGAGGAUACGAGAUGGUGGUGUGGUCGGUGCAACAAGAUAAUAGCGAAUUGUGUAAGUCGCUGGUUCUCGCCGUCGUCCCGUCCACAGUCUUCGGCCGAGUCGUUUGACUCCGGACGCUAUUCUUCGGCUCGGGCACAACAACACAUUCCCCCCAAAAAAAAACAUGUGAAAUAACCGUCGUAGACAGCAUUUCGACGGCCAAAUGAGCGGAGAUCAGAAAUUCAGAAACAGUUUGAGACAACUCGUUGGAUGGCUGGAUCCGGGCGUCACGCCUCGCCACACCAGGGUACGUACUUGGAUGGAACUUUAUGGUAAUACCCUUGUAAAGCCUACUACAAACAGUUAUCUAAUCAAAAAAUCAGCUCAACUUAUAGAUAUUAUUACCGACGAAACAGUUAGAAAGCAUUGUUUGCCCAUUGUUCAACUGGAUGCACUUAAAUACAAAGAAAGGGACACUAUUGAAACCAUAUUUAAAUAUUGGAAAAAUAAUAAUGGUUUCAACAUAACAUUGAUGUGGGAUAAGAGAGUACGAAAUUAUUUGGGUACAAGGUAUGAUCACCGAAACAAUGUAUUUGACUGGGAUUUACACAUGACUCUUCAUUAUAUUGAUGGAGGUAACAGAAUCACAAAUCGAGAGUAUACAUAUUGGCGAGACACUGGUGUAGCUUAUACAUUCUUGGAGACGGAUUGUACCGAACCCAAUUAUACAUUUGCUUUAGCCCUAUUAAAAGAUGGAGACAAAAUAACUGCAAUAGACUAUUUUGGAGACAUUAUAAAUGGUCCUUUUCCAUCUUUUGGCUUAGACUGUGAAGACGAUGAUAUGUUGAAGAUGGGUAACAUGCAACCACUUAAACGUUCUGUGGAUCUGACUGAGAGGAAUUUAACAAGAAUGUUCUAUGAAAUAGAAAACCAAAAGCCAUAUAAGCACAAAGGUAAAACUGACAAUCUCGGAGUUAUUAUAACCGAACUGCCAAAAGUAAAAAUUCAAGAAGUACAAGUUACAUCAUCUCAAGUUAAAGUUACGUCUGAACAUUACUCUAGUAUUAAUGUUAGUGAUGUGGAGAUCCAUUUUAUUCCACGCACAGCUAUGACAGAUUACCCCACAUUUGAUAGAUUUAAGAAUUUUUUUGAUAUAAUGUAUUGUGGUCAUAUGUAUUUCGAGAAAAUGAAUGUUGAUAUAACAUCUAUGAUUAAAGAUGGAGCAGUAGUUUUAAUGGAAACUCGGAAAUUUAUUGUGAAUUAUAAGAAAAAACAACACGAUGAAUUCAAACAGAAAUUAAUAGAUUUAAUGAAAAAUUGUAAAUGUGUGUCGUCAGAGGAUAUUGAUGUAGUUAAGAAUGCUGUAAUUAAAUUUAAUAAACAGAAUUGAAUAAUAAUAAUAGAAUUUUAUUUUUAACAAUAAAGUAGCAGACAUCAACUUUUGAAUCUAUAAUCCACAUAAUAGUAAGUUAAAAUACUUUGGUACCAGAA